GUUUUUUGGAGAACACAGAGAGAGAGAAGAGAGAUGGGAUGUCAUCACUCGAUCGAAGCAUCAGUACCGUUCAGUGGAGUUCGUGUGAUAACCAUCAACGGCCACUUGGAGCUGUUUGAGUCGCCGGUCACCGCCGGCGAGGUGACCGGAAAACCCUCUCACCACGUUCUAUGCUCGGCGGCCCAUCUUCUAACCACAGGGGCCCGAUCGCUCCGGCCGGAAGACCGGCUCGAAUCCGGCCGGCUCUACUUCCUACUCCCACAGUCGGUUCUCCAGGCCGGUCCGCUCGACCUCGCCGCUCUUGCCACACGGCUCACCAAUCUCGCCCGAACCGCUCCCGUUGUAAAGGCCAAGGUCGAAUCGGCUGCUACUGGACCGGGUUCAGUAGCGGCUGGGGUCAAUCACGGAAAGGCGCAAGAGCGGCCCCGACCACACAUGUGGCGGCCGGUUCUGUCCACCGUGCGGGAGAUCUCCUUAUCUCUUUCCUUAGCCUCGCAAUCUGUGAUAAAAAGCCCUAAAGCUAAGGCCUGAAUUGUAAUUUUCAAAGGCUGCAUGGAAUAGCACGUGUGGAAUUGAUCGCACGUGCGGAAUUGAUUGCACGUGCUCGUCCACAUUUUCGUGAUUGUCUAUAGCUUCCUUAUUUGGAAAAAUUAUUAGGUGCGGAGUGUGCACCGUCCGCACAAGGCAUUGGAGGGUGCUCGGUACCGCUUGGUACCGAGCACCCGUCAAUUCUUAUUGCGGACGGUUCUCCCCGUCCGCACUUCGCACCUAAUAAUCUCUCCCUUAUUUGGAUAUCGAAAGACCACA